AUGGCCUUUUCGGAUAGGGAUGGACACGAGUCUAAGGUGUUUGGAGAUAUUAGUAAGGAAAUUGUAAAGAAGUGUAAAGGUUUGCCUCUUGCUGCAAAGACUUUAGGUAGUCUCAUGCAGAAUAAGACAAAAAUGGGAGAAUGGAAAGAAGUUUUGAAUAGUAAGAUAUGGGAUCUAGAGAAGGUCGAGCAAGAAAGUGAAGAAAAGGGAACAACAGGUGAUGCAGUUUUUGACAACUUAGUGGCCCGAUCAUUUUUCCAAGAUUUUGAGAAAAAUCGGAACACUGGUACAAUUACAAGUUGCAAAAUGCAUGAUAUUGUGCACGACUUUGUGCAAUUUCUCACCAAGAAUGAGUGUUUGAUUAUGGAUCACACAGAGUGUACUACUAGCGAAUCAAAGUUAUUGGGUGAUAAGUCUGGCGUCGUUGCCCAAAGGGAUAGGGAGAUUAACAAGUUUACAAACACUAGAUGUGUGUCCUGUGAUGGCAACAACGAUGAAGCAUUCCAAAUUGGGGAUCUGAGAAAGUUGAACCUUGAGGGAAGUCUGGAAAUACAACUUGUGGGGGAUGCGACAGAUAAGAGCGAGGUUGAGAAAGCACAAUUGUGGGACAAAAAGCUAUUUCAUCUCACCAUUUUGUAUCAUAAUGGCACCACGUGGCCCAAUUGGAUUCAGUCUUUAAAAAAUUUGAGAUUCCUUACUCUUGGUGGGGGGACACAGUGUGAACUUUGGCCUCUUGGGAAAUUGGAGUACCUUGAAACACUGACGCUAUGGAGUAUGGAUGGAGUGAGAAAGGUCGGUGUUGAAUUUUUGGGAUUAGAAGAUCAAACCUCAUUCAGAAUCAGAUCACCACCCCUGAUAUUAUUCCCAAAAUUGAAACGACUCUGCUUUGACAUCAUGCUGAAUUGGGAAGAGUGGGAAGGCGUGGAAGAGUGGACGAAAGAGGAUUCUGAAAUUACAAUCAUGCCAUGCCUUUCUGAGUUAACAAUUGAAUUGUGCACAUCGCUAAAAGCACUGCCAGACUUCCUCUUCAAAACACCACUGCAGACUCUUCGCAUCGGUGGAUCUGAGAGACUUUUAGAGCGUUACCAAGAAGGCAAUGGAGAGUGGGCCAAGAUUAUUGUUACGAACCCAAACAUCCGCAUUAUCAGGUAA